UGUCCGGCCGCGUCCUUGCCAUAAGGAUGUCUCCAUGGAGGGGGAACCCUAUAUAUGAAUUUUAUUAAAUCAGGAAUUAAUCAACCAUCUCAACUCCUGCCUGUCGCUCUGCAAGAUGACACAUCUACUGGCGUUCGCCGCUAUCAUCGCCACAGCUUUAGCAGACGUCAGUCAACUCUACGGACCUCCUCAAACAGUUUAUGGGAGCCCUCAAGUCUCUUAUGGAGUACCUCACCUAACCUACGGACCUCCAAAGGUGCGAAGUGGACAUUCGAGCUAUGAUGUACCGCAGGAAUCAGUGACUGCAUCGCUAUUCUCACCUACUACACCUGCUUCAGACCUAUUGGUACCACUCCACGAAGCUCAGGACUUCAGAAGCCUAGGGUUCUCCAAUAGCCCAGUGCCGUUUGGAUUAAGCAAUUCUUUCGGACUCAAUAGUGCGAACUUGAACCCUGUAGUGUCUUCCACACCAUCCCCAGUGAACUUUGAUUCGGUAGUCUCUUCAACAGCAUCGCCUUUAAGCUUCGAUUCGGUAGUAUCAUCUACCCCAGCGCCGGGUUUGAAUCUGGGAUCGGUGGUUUCCUCAAAUGCGGCACCUUCUCAAAGCUUCAAAAGCUUUGGAUUCUUUAACCCCGCUACUUUUGACUUCACCACUCCUGCACCAAGUUUCAACUUCAACUCCCAAGUAUUAUCUACUACAGCAUCACCUCUAACUUUCGAUACCGUUGUGUCAUCAACCCCAGCGCCUUUUCAUCCAAGUUCUCAUUUUCUGACAAGCACUCCUUCACCGUUACUAAACAGUGUAGUCUCAUCUACACCUGGGCCUUCAGUAAUUUCUAGUGGAGAUAGUGGAUUGAACUCGGUUCUGUUUAACAGACUUGCCCAAUCGUUCCCAAGUUUAGCUUUCAACUAUAAUGAUAUUGCUCUAGCUACGCCAGCUUCAUUUGUGGACUCUUCUUACGAAGACCAAGACAAGAUUUCCAAACAAGUGUAUUUCUUCGAUGCACCUGAAGAGGAAGUAGUACAACCAAAGAUCAACGUCAUAUCCCCACCUCCUCAGAAAACUGUGAAAGUGAUUUUCGUGAAGGCUCCAAGCCAACCAAGUGCAUCUUCAGUGAAAUUAAUCGCUCCGCCAUUGCUUGAAGAGAAGACAGUAGUGUACGUAUUAUCUAAGAACCAAGACGAGCAACAGAUUGAGAUUGAAGCAGGUCCUAACCAAAAAAUCCCAAGCAAACCUGAAGUAUACUUCCUCAAAUACAAUAAUCAAGCUGAAGCACAGGCAGCUGUUAACAAGAUUCAAACGCAGGGGCAUCAUGAGGAUCAAGUUGGUGCUCUUGAUGUUCCUCAUCAGCAAUUCCUUGGGUCUUUAGAAAAAUCCAACAUCCCUCAACCGAUCAUUAACUAUGCCCGUUCCAAAGGUGCUAAUCAAAUCGUGCCAUUGCCUGGGUUUAAUACGGUACCACUGAGCACUGGUUUCGGAUUCACCACGUCAUCCCCAUUACUAAACAGCUUCAGCACUACUACACUGUCCCCGAUCCAAGAGUUCAGUUCUGCAGUCGUUCCAAGUCUGCCACCUAAUGCUCGAUUUCCCUUCAGUUCGAACUUCGUGGUUUCUACACCCUCACCUGUGGUGUCUACGACAUAUAUGCCUUUGCCUAGCAUACCAAAUGGAGAAGACAUCAACCAAAACCUGAUAAAUCCUGAGGUACAGCAGAACGUUGUGGAUGGGACUGAAGCUUCUAGUAAUGCUGCACCUCAGACGGUGUUUGAAAGUUCUACAGAAAGUCGAAUUCAAUUACCCUUUGCUACCUACGGACCACCAAAAGAAGACAAAAAGUGAUCAUCCAAGGCUUCUAGGAAAACAUUGUGUGUAAGUAAAACUGCCUUUGUAACGAGUAUAAUGUGCGUGCAUAUUUAAGACCAACUGAAAGUAUUAAAGAUUGUUUUAGUAA